GAUACGAUGGAGCUCUCGAGACGCUCUUGCUUAAGGGUAAAUGACUUUACCAUGAUGUCAUUUGGUUGCUGGGCUGGUGUGGAAACCAAGCGAAUAGUUAUGCACACCUGCGAAUUGAAGUUGGAAGUUCAGAUUCGAGGUCUGCGUCCCAAUUCCUGCCCAAAAACGCAUAUUCAUGAUCACACCCCCGAUCUUCAGGAAGAGCCUCUUGCUUUCACUGCGGCUGUUGUGAAUGCGAAGAUAAUUACUCACUAUCCAUACUGUGCGUGAACAAAACAAAAUAUCUCGAGAGCAGCUACACUGAGGAGAGUUUAGAGUAUUUUCACUUCACUUUUGAUUUUCGAAGGACGAUAUUCGCUUUCUGAUAUCUGCCGCCUCGAUUUAGGAGACUAGUGUUAUCUUCUCGAGUCCUCUUCAAUCUCCAAAUCUAUAAACCUUCAAUCUAUCAACUUUCGAUCUCACUUCUUACCUACAAUCCAACCUCCACUCUAUCUUACAAAAAGAGAACUUCCAUCAACUCAGCGAAUGAGAAAAACAGAUUACUCAGAUCGAAACCUCUCUGAGCUUGAAAGAACAGAUUCCUCUGGUCUUCUAUCUCUAUAUCACACUUUUUCUAUCCCGAUCUUUUCAAUUAUCACUGUAUAACCUCGUGUUUUCAGCCGCACUCGAAAUUGUUCCUCGAAAAACUCCUACGAUCACUGAUCUAUUCAUCGUUGUAACCUUUGUCGUCAUCUUUGUGCGCAAUUAGGCACAUUAAAAUCAUGGACGAAAUCCAGUCAGAGGGCAGGUAUGCCACAGCACCUGCAACUCCAUCUGAUCCCGAGAAUAUGGCAGGCUCUGAGCCUUUUGCAAAAUCUGCAACAAUGUCCCCGAGAACACCAAAGACAGUCUCUGCCAGAGAGAAAAUUUUGGAAACACCAACCAAGGCUGAAGAGGAUGAUUUGAGGGAAAGCGAUGCAGCCGCAUGGUCUGCAUCCCGCGCAGGCUCUACACCUCGGACACCUUGGAAGCGACCACGGCCUUAUUAUGGGAGUUUGGAGGAUGAAGAAGAAGACAAGUUCGAUGUUCCACCUAAGCAUGAAGCUUCUGGUUCGGACGAAUUUCCGUCGGCAAAUGACAUUUGCAGUCCUUCAAAGCGCCACAAAUAUGUACAAGACAACCGCCAGGCUUCUCGUGGCCAGCCCAAUCUCUCUAGACCACAAAUGAAUAAAAAUUCAGUAGAAUUUCCUUCCAACGAUGGAAAUGAUUUCGAAGAAUCAGAAGAGUGUGGAUCCAGUGACAAUGAUAACAAUGAAGACAGCUUUUUUGUAGCUGCGCAAGUCUCAACAUCUCGAAACAAGACAAAGGCAACGAAGAUCCUUCGUCAGAAACCAGCCAGAAAUUCAGAGGAAUGGUUCAAUCGCCCAAAAAAUACAAAACUCAAAUCAACCAAGUCACAAAGUCGCCGGACCUUUGCACAAGAUGGAGCUGAGGACAAAAUACAAAGCAUGAUGAAUCACGAUCCUCUUGCGGGGAAGAAUUCCGAGCGUGAUAGAGCACCAACUCAAUUUCUUGAUGUAUCCAACAAGAGCGAAUGGUUCAAGUUAUUAUCCAACCUCAAUUUAUCCGGAGAUUGUCGAGGAGAUCCCAAUUCACUGAAAGUUGCGAGUGAAAGCUUUGGACUUGGUAAGAUCAAGCUUAUACAUCUUGAGAAUGACAAAAGUCUUCACAAAACAACAUGGCUGCUUAAAGGCAUGAAAACUCCUUUAUGGCAUCACCAGCUCAUCGGUGUUCACUGGAUGAUGAGUCGGGAGUUUUCCAAAGAGGAACCCAAAGGGGGAAUUGUCGCAGACGCCAUGGGACUGGGUAAAACCAUUGAAGUGCUAGCGGCAAUUGUCGCGAAUCCGAGACCUAAAGGUGCUGUCAAAAAGAAGAUUGGACCUACUCUGAUCGUUUGUCCUGCUUGCAUUAUCGAUCAAUGGCAAUCUGAGAUCGGGAAACAUUUGGAGGAAGACAAGUACCAGAAUGUUGUUGCUUAUAAAGCAGGCUCAGGUCCCACAAAGGCGAACUUAAUGGGUGCAGACAUCGUACUCGCUUCCUAUACCCAGUUGAGAAUCAGUUGCCCUUGGCCACCAGAGACGAUUUUGCGAAGAUUGAGAAAAGAAGCCACGAGCAAGGGUAACAAAGCACCGAUGAAUCCAAAAGCGGUUGAAGACUGGGUAGAUAAACACCGCGAGAAGCAAGGUGGACUUUUGCAUAAGAUUUCCUGGUAUCGAGUGGUUCUUGAUGAAGCACAAAACAUAAAAAAUGAGGCUGUCCGCACAAGCCAUGCAGCAAAUGCUUUAUUAGGUCAACAUAGAUGGGCCAUGAGCGGAACACCAAUGAUGAACCGACGAGAAGGUGAUGUUCUUCCUUCUGUCUCUAUACUCCAAUGAUUGAUUUGAGAGCAGAAUUGUACCCCUACUUUAGGUUCUUAAAAGAUCCGACAAUCACAGACCUCUCCAUGUUCACACGCGAGUUCUGCGAAGAAAACAAUAAAAGAUGUGACGAGAGAAUUAAUGAAGUUCUAGGCCGCAUCAUCCUAAGACGAACAAUGACCGAUAAAAUACUUGGGAGAGAAAUUGUGGAACUUCCUCCUUUCACGAAGAAAAAUGACUUGAUAUUGUUUAACCAGGCAACUGAAAUACUUUAUCAAGCAGUUGAGCAGCGAUUCCGCGAACUCGUGACUGAAGCAUUCAAAAAUGAUGAUCCGCGGAAAAAGAUGCAGUAUUCUAUUGUUGCUCUUCUUCGGCUCCGACAAUUUACUGCGCAUCCCCUGAUCAUUGAACCGCAAAUGAAGAUUAUGUUCCAUAUCAAGGAGCUCAAGGAAAUCCAAAAGAAAAUGAAUGGUGCAGAUCCCCAGUUACACCAUCGAAUUGAUCUGUGGAUCAGAGAUCUGGAAUGUGGGCGCGAGAGUCCCAAAUCUUUCAAGUUUCAAGAUACAGAUGCAUGUGGCAUUUGCGAUGAGAUAGAAAUUGAUGAUGCGCAGCAAGUUCGUACUUGCAAGAAUCGUCAUAUCUUCUGCAGAUUGUGCAUUGAUAAUUAUUGUACCACCCAAGCUGCCACAGAACAGGUUGAUGAUGGUAAAAUGAAAUGCCCAGCGGCCUUAUGCGAAGGAACAUUCGAAUUCGACCGUCUCAAAAAUGUCAGCGGCACCCCAAAAGAAAGAUCAUCUAAACAGAAAAAAGGGAGAGACGUAUUGAGGUAUGUACCUCCUCUAGGAGCUCGAUCGGAAUGGUUAGAAGAUGUAGAUGCUGGAAAAUCUGCCUUACCACAAAGUACAAAGUUAGCAUCUAUUCGAAAACUGCUUCUGGAGUGGAGAAAAGGAACAAGAUUGGAUAAAACUAUUAUCUUUGUUCAGUGGAAGGCUAUGAUCCUUCUCAUUGGCAUGAUGCUCGAAGAAGACAACUUUCAUUUCGUAUAUUACACUGGUGAUAUGAGCAAGAGAAAUCGUGCAAAUGCUCUGGAUUCGUUCGAGAACAUGAAAGAAGUCACCGUUAUGAUUAUGGGCUUGAAGGUUGGAGGUGUUGGGCUUAAUAUAACUUGUGCUAACAGAGCAAUCAUGGUUGACCUAUGGUGGAACCAGGCAAUAGAAAUGCAGGCGAACGCUCGAAUCUAUCGGAUCGGGCAACCAAAAGAGACGCAUUUUCGGAGAGAAGUCGUGAGACGCAGCGCUGACAUACGUCUUGCAUUGACGCAAUUGAAAAAGAAUGCUUUGAUUGUAGGAACUAGCAAGGUUCUUGGUGAUCAUGGUCAAAUGUCGGCAUUGGGGCGUGUUAUUGAGGAUGAGAAUGGCAAUCCUAUUGACAUCGUUGCGGAUUACAGAGCCCUCGAUACACCGGAAAUUCUGGCCCUACUUGAGGAAAGUGAUGUCAAUAUGGCAGGAUCGGGGGUGUAUCAUAAUCCAGGACAGGAAGAAUACGCAGAAGAGGGUGGUGCAGAUGAACCGAUGGAAACUGACAAGGCGGGCCCAGAGCCAAACGCAUCCGAAAUAGAUUCCGACGACGCGGCUCUUUUUGAGGCUCUCAGCAAUGAGUAAAGAGGUAUAAAUGGAACUGCCGACAACGAUUAUGAAUUUUCGUAAUUCUAAUGUGGACAUGAUCCUUGCUAUUAUUCUAACGACCAUCGCGUAGCAGUUUUGCAAAGAAAUCCACUAUGACUGCACUCCUCGAUUAUAUUCUCACAAUGAUCACGAGAUUACUGCUGGAUUCA